GACGAUCGGCAUCCACACAUCAGUGUUUCCAAUAAAAUAAUUGAAACAACAAAUAAUAUUAACAUGUGCGAUACCGUCACUUCUUUAUUUCUAUUUAUUGUGUUAAGUUGUACGCCGGCUUACACAGAAACAAAAAACUGUACCGACUGCAUUCCCUACAAGUCAUGUGAUGCUGCUGUAGAAGCCAUUAAAAAGAAUGAUCCAGCCAUCGACACCCAGCUCACCAAUGCCUUCUGUGGAUUCGAGGCUGGGAGACCAAUGGUCUGUUGCUCCGACCUGACAGGGCUGAGGCAACUGGAGCAUUCCGCCGAUAACCAUCCCAAUCUUUCUCUGUUACCGGACGACUGCGGCGUUGGAGGGGAGGACUUUGCAGACAGACUUGCAGGAGCGUUCCCGGUCCCAGGACUCUACGAGUAUCCGUGGAUGGUCCUCAUUGGAUAUAAGUCAUCAAAGCCCGAGGAGGGUCCUCAGUUCAACUGCGGCGGUACCCUCAUCAACGACCGCUACGUGUUGACAGCGGCCCACUGUAUCUUCAGCAGGGGGCGUAGUAAAUUGCUGAGCGUAAGGAUUGGAGAAUACGAUGUGGACACAACUACAGACUGCAUUGGAGAUAAAUGUGAAUCUUAUGUGCAGGACAUAGACAUAGAAGAGGGCAUUGCUCACCCUGAAAAGAAACUUGUGUACCCUAUUAAGAAUGACAUCGGACUCAUUAGACUGAACGAUACUGUAAAUUUUUCAAAAAAUGCUGGCACAAUCUGCUUACCCGUGACCCGCUAUUUGCGCACCCAAGACAUCGAUAAUCUGAGCGCCACCGUUUCCCAUUGGAGAUAUUCGGAGGGUGGCUACGCGUUUUCCAAAAUGCUGUAUGCGGAUGUUAAAAUAAACAAUGCUCAGCAAUGCAAGGAGCAGUAUGACAAGAUUACAACUAAUAAAAACGCCAGAGAAGAUAACAUGCUCAACAAGAUCUGCGGCUCCUAUCCCAGCGGUUCGGACACCUGCCCCGUCGCAGGAAGCCCCAUGAUGGUGCAGAGCCUGUUCGGGGACCGGUACCGCUUUGUCCAAUACGGGGUCGCGUCGUAUGGACCAAGCCACUGUGGAACAUUAUCACUUCCUGAAAUCUACACUGACGUCACUAAAUACAUGAUGUGGAUUCUGGAUACAAUAAGACCUUGAGUGAAUGAGUGAUUUUAUUGUUAAAACUGGUGGCUUAUUUUACUUAAUGAAGUUGUAUUAUUUAGUAGAUGACCCAUUAACUUGUUUAAUUUGCUUUAUCUGUGCCAAUUUUGAUUCGCAGGACCUAUCAGGGCCUAGCUUCCUACAGAAGCCA